AUGGCCACGAUAGCUCCAAAUUCCGGCGGAUCUGGGGAAAUUCUCCCAAUGACUCCCUCUCUUCCUGUCACUCCCGAAACUUCGUCGGGAGUCGCCGCGUCUUCGCAGUCGGCUCAACCGCCUUCUUCGUCUUCCGAUAUCGAAUGUAUCUACGUACCUAGCUACUCCCGGUGGUUUUCGUGGACCGACAUCAACGAAUGCGAGGUCAGGUCGCUCCCGGAAUUCUUCGAUUCGAGAUCUUCCUCGAAAAGCCCUAAGUUUUACCUCUACUUGAGGAACUCAAUCAUCAAGCAGUACAGGGACGACCAUCCUCGGAAGAUUAGCUUCACGGACGUUCGGAGAACUCUCGUCGGCGAUGUUGUCUCUAUCCGUCGCGUCUUUGAUUUCCUCGACUCAUGGGGGCUUAUCAACUAUUCUAGCUCCACCUCUGCUAAGCCGCUCAAGUGGGACGAAAAAGAGCCCGGAAAAUCCGCCGGCGAUGCUGCCUCUGAUCCUCCAACAACGGUCAAAGAAACUGCCAAGAGAAUCUGCAAUGGCUGCAAGUCGAUUUGCAGCGUAGCUUGCUUCGCCAGUGAGAAGCAUGAGUUGACAUUGUGUGCGAGGUGCUACGUCCGUGGAAACUAUCGUGUUGGUAUAAACUCGUCGGAGUUUAAGCGGGUUGAGCUUAGUGAGGAGUCGAAGGCAGUGUGGUCCGAGAAGGAGACUCUGCAGCUUUUGGAAGCUGUGAUGCACUUUGGAGAUGACUGGAAGAAGGUUGCACCGCAUGUUACUGGUAGAACCGAGAAGGAUUGUGUUUCUCAGUUUGUCAAGCUUCCUUUUGGGGAACAGUUUGACAAAGAUUCUGAUUCAGAGGAUGCUUCGGAGACAUUUGAUCUGGUCAAGGGCUCUCCUGAUCCUGAGUCUGAAGGAAGAAUUAGAGACGGUUCAUCUCCCAAUAAGCGGAUGAAACUGACGCCUCUUGCAGAUGCAAGCAACCCAAUAAUGGCUCAGGCUGCUUUUCUUUCAGCUUUGGCUGGCACAAAGGUUGCAGAAGCAGCAUCUCGAGCUGCAGUGACAGCUCUGUCUGAUGUAGACCACGAGGCUGACAAAAACGCUGGUGGAGACCCAAAUCGACAAGAGAUCAAUGGUGGCUCGAGUGGUGAAACCGCUAGAAACGACUCAGAGAGAGCUUUGGCUGAUGCGAAAUCUCUGAUUGAGAAAGAGGAGCAUGAGGUAGAAGGAGCCAUCAGAGAGAUUGUAGAAGUAGAGAUGAUGAAGAUUCGAGAUAGGAUUGUUCAUUUCGAGAAAUUGGAUUUGGAAAUGGAGAGAAGCCGGAAACAAAUGGAGGAGAUGAAGAAUCUGCUAUUCGCUGAUCAAUUAAACAUCUUCUUCCACACAAGAAGAGCCCGUAAAGCUGAAGAUAGAGUAGAGUGUUAG